AUGCCGUUUCCGGCUCCAAAAGGACCUGAGAACUGCGUGAUCCUCAGGGAGCUGGUGAGGCUGCAGGCCCUGAAGUCCCGCCUGCUGGGGUUCCGCACGCAUGCCGACUCCGUGCUGGAGAUGAACAUGGACAAGACCAGCCAGGUGGUGGCCACUGUCCUAGGUGAGCUGGCCCAGAAGCUGAAGCCCCUCGGGGAGCAGGAGCCCGUGAUCCUGGAGCUAAAGGAGGCCGAGUGCCAGAGGCGGGGCCUGCACUUUGACGGCACCAUCAACGCCUGGGACCUGCGCUACUACAUGAACCAGGGGGAGGAGACGCGCUACCACGUGAACCAGUACCUGCUCAAUGAGUCUUUCCCCAUGCAGGCGCUCACACGCGGGCUGCUGGGCAUCUCCCAGGAGCUGCUGGGGCUGACCUUCGACCUGGAGGAGGGCACCAGCAUGUGUCACGAAGACGUGAGGCUCUAAACGGUCUGGGACGCGGCCUCGGGCAAGGUCAUCCAUCGGCAAGUUCUACCUGACCUCUAUCCUCGGGUGGGGAAGUCCGGGCACGCGGCCUGCUUCGGCCUGCAGCCGGGCUGCCUACAGCACGAUGGGAGCUGCCAGAUCGCCAUCGUGGCCAUGGUGGCCAACUUCACCAAGCCUACGCCCAACCUGCCCUCCCUGCUGCAGCAUGAUGAGCGGGAGACCAACUUCCACGACGUCGGGCACGCGAUGCACCAGCUCCGCUCCCAGGCGCAGGGCUGCAGGCAGGAGGCGGGGAGGGCCUGGGCAUGCACCCAGAUGAAGGAGUCAGGCGUCUGGGCCCAGAACCCACUGCUCUCUUGGUGGGGCACGGGCAGCACCGUCCCUCAGGAGCUGCUGGACAAGCUUAUCAAGUCCCGGGAGGCCAACCCAGGCCUCUUCAACCUGUGCCAGAUCGUCCUGGCCAAGGUGGUUCAGGCCCUGCACACGCAGAUGCCCGCGGACCCGGCCCAGGAGAAUGCCCACCUCUGCCAGGAGAUCCUGGGGUUCCCAGCCAUGCCAGUGACCCACCUGCCUGCGACCUUCGGCCGCCUGGCAGGAAGCUACAACGCCCAGUCCUAUGGCCAGUCAUCCUGCAAGAAACACUGGAACCAGUUUCUGCCAACCCGCCAAAAAAAAACGACUUCAAAGAUAGCAAGAAGAAAAAUUCAAGAGGUUCAGAGCAGCAUCCAGAAGCUCAGGUGA